AUGCCUACGCAUGACCUUCCGCCCAGCAAUGGUCCCGAGGACGAGGAGGAAGACUACAUGAACAUGGUGAUUGCCGAACCUACGAAGCCACGAGAGAAGGAAACGUAUACGCAACGACGACUGCGCAAAGAGCGCGAAGCCGAGGCUCGAGGCCGCGUCAAAUCAAAGGCGGAACAAGCAGCAGACGAAGCUGCAGCUCGGGAAGCCGCUCUCUCAAGAUCCCUCUUCAGAGACCCCGCAACAACCUCUACGAAUAAAGGUUUGGCUAUGAUGGCAAAGAUGGGAUUCAAGCCUGGUGUUGCACUGGGAAGCAAGGAUAACCCUGGAGCGAGGACAGAACCGAUUGCCAUAUCUAUGAAAGAGGAUCGGGGAGGCAUUGGACUAGAUUCGGAGAAGAAACGGAAGUUCAGAGAGGAGGUUGAGAAGGAGGGGAAGCGGGUUAAGGCAGUGGAAGGAGAAUACAGAGAACGCCUAAGAAAAGACAUAGAGAAGGUUAGGCUUGAAGGCCAGGUCGGUGCCGCAAUGAGAGUCGCUGAACGCCUGGAUGCAGAAAUGGAAGAGGAGAGUGCGGAGAAGCUGGGGGCCGAAGAUGGUUCCACGAAGCGGAAAAUUUCGACCGUGCCGUUGAAACACAUCAACGUUUUGUGGCGAGGCGUGGUUCGCAAAAGGGAAGAAAAAGAGAGAGACCGAAGAAUGCGUUAUGACUUACAGCAAAGCUUGUCACGGCUGCCCAGCUACGAUGAUGCGGAUGAAGAUAGAGAUGACAGAAAGGCUCUUGGCAAAGACCAUAUACAACACACUCUCGUGGAAGAUUUAGACGAAGAGGACCCCGAGCUGGAUGAAUUCAACGCCUUGGACCCGGCAGAUCGGCUCGAGAAACUGGUGAGAUACCUGAGGGAAGAAUGUAACUACUGUUUCUGGUGUAAAUACACAUAUCCAGACAAGGAGAUGGAGGGUUGUCCUGGUCUGAAUGAGGAAGAACAUGAUUGA